AUGGCACAAAAGCUUCUUCUUGCGGAGGGGCUUGACCUCCUUCGCCGCACGGAGGCUCGCGAGUAUGAUGUAGACUGCAGCCAGGUCCGCAUCAGCGGAAGCAAUAAGUACCGCAAAGAACUCUCACGCCUCGCACAGGCGUACGCCGCUGUGUACCAGGACUACCUGCGCGGUGUGGAGAUCCUCAACUAUGUGCGCCGCUGCGCAAUGGAGAGCGAUGAACCCAACAGCCAAAGCCUCGUCGAGCUGUGUGAAGGAAAGAUGCGAGCUUACAUGGACCGUUGUGAAGGGGUGCGGAAGAAGGAGGACAACAUUCUCCUCCCGCUGAACCAGGUUGACAGCUACGUGGCAAAGGCGGCAUUUGAAGUUGGGGAGCCAGUGUUUGUGCUGAUGGGCGCGCAGUAUGUGCUCAAGCGCAAGGAAGGGUUCAGCCGUGAGGAGACUCUCACAGACGGCUCCUAUCUCAUUGUUGUGAAGAACCUCGACUCGUACAGUGUUGCUGCACCACAAGUCAGCGUGUGCAUUGACAUUGUCCCGCAGCGUGGACAGAAGCAGCGGCUAGAAAAAGUAAUUCCGUGCCAGUGCGGGUGGCGACGCGUUAUUGGUGUUGUGGCUUCCGCCGCGCUGAAGUUGGAGGCCCACACUGACGGCCUACUGCGCGACUCUCAUAUCGACAUUGCGUUGUAUCGUCUUGAGCCGUCGUCCCUGACGACACCUUCAACAGGGACAGGGGCCCAGUUGGACACACCUGGCGCAAUGGCAGAAAAACUUGUCGCGGAGCUUCCCAAACUCAGCGACGAUGAAUUAAAGCGGCUCGCCUCCCCCUCUGUGUCCAAAGAGGGGUUGUCACCGCCGGUGCCACACGAGGGCGAUGCCAAUGACGCGGAUCCGCUGAUGCAGCAGCUGCAGUCGCUGAAAGUACCCCAUACCCACCACCGUGCAUCGUCGCCUGCGGUGAUGCCGGAGCGUAUUGAGGUGAGUCCUGCGAACAUGACGUGCGCCGAUCGUAUGCGGCGGCUGCGAGCGACACUGAACGUGUGGCCCGACGAGAAUGUGAUGGCGGCACCGCUGAGUAGAGAGCAGCAGUGCACUUUGCAAGCAGUGUUUGCACUGCCGUUCCCCACAGAAAUCGGGGACUGA